AUGUUGCCUCCCCCCCAUCCACACACACACACACCCGAGGCGCUCACACACCCUCGUACAAACCUAUAUACUCUUUCGUUCUCUCUCUCCUCUUUUCUCUGUUCUCUCCCUCUCUCCUCUUUUCUCUGUUCUCUCUCCUCUGUUCUCUCUCCUCUUCUCUCUCUCCUCUGUUCUCUCUCCUCUCUGUUCUCUCUCCUCUCUGUUCUCUCUUCCUCCUCUGUCUCUCUUCCUCCUCUGUCUCUCUUCCUCCUCUGUCUCUCUUCCUCCAAGUCAUAUUCAUCACUCACUCAUUGUACGUUUGCCUUAAAGGCUAAGUUCCCUCUUUUUCACUCUUUCGUGCCGCCGCCGCCGCCGCCACCACCGCCGCCGCCGCCGCGAAUAACCUUCCCCUCCCAUCUCCGCCUCUCUCUGCCAUCAACUGAAACUGCCUUUUCAACUCAAAGAAAGGAAGUGUGCUCGGAAGCAUGUGCUUGGCACUUUCGUGAUGGCAUUCCAAUCCAUUCAAAAUCUUCAUAUAAAUACCACCACAGAGCACUUCAAAAACGAGCAGAACAGAACCAAGAAAGCAGAGAUACAGCUAUCCAUCAACAGUUUAUACCAAGAACUGAACGAGCCCCCAAAGACAGCAAUAUAGCAGAAGUCGAUGCAAAGAAGUUUGCAUCAAUGUUAAUAGAGCGAUUGGAAAAGAUCCAAUUGGAACAAGAGAGGGAGGAGAAGCUAAGAGAAAGUAUAAGGUGUAUUAGUGAGAGUGAAGAAUCAGAAGAGAAGAACGUCUCUGUAACAUCUGCGUCGUCCAAGCUGAUUCCUUCAAUACCCCUUAUGCCAAUUGACGAUGAAUUAGCUGAUAGUAUUUUAGAAGAACAUUGUUCUCGAAUUUGGGAGAGUUCUGCCCAGCAGACACCAUGCCGUUCUCCGGGACGUCACUCUCCGAAAUCAAAAUCUCCUGACCGUUUACAUUGCAAGGCAAUGGCCCCAGGGGUAUCUUCAAUUCAGGUACCUCCAGGUUCAUUAGCCAAAGUGCACAGUGGGCACAAGAAAAAGGACAAGGACCUGCACUCGAUGUGGUCAUGUGACAGCGGCGUUGGGGAGGAAAAGUCCACUGGUGGUCACCACAGCCAGGAGAGUACGCACAAGUUGUACCAUCACUACUACCACCAUCACCACCACAGCUCUCACGAGGGUAAAAGUCGGCAGCAGAUUGAAAUGGAAGCUCGCAAGUAUGGCAUGAUGUGCUAUAUGGGCGAACCCGUAUCCAGAAACCAUCCUGAUUAUCACUUAACAGCUCAUAAGGAAUCGGACCGUGGCCGUAGUCACAUACGAAAGUCCAAUGUUCAGCUACCCUCUCCCCCUCACCGCAUUUCCCUCGUCUCUUCUCCUACCCCCCCCAUAUCUUUCCUCACCCCCAGCUUCUUGUUGGUUGUGAAAUUUGAUGGUAGAUCAAAGACCUCGCCUGCACACUUCUGGUUUUUUUCUUUUCUCCUCCCCGUCCAUUCCUUUCAUGUUUUUUCUCUCUUCUUCUUUUUCUUCUUUCAGUCAUGUUCUAGAUUCGACUCCUUUUCUCCCUCCGCAUAUUUUUACGUCUCUCUCUCUUUUCCCUCUCCAUAUAUUCUGGGCCCUAUGUCUCUCUUUCCAUAUAUUCUGGGCCCUAUGUCUCUCUGGCUCUUCUUUCAUAUUUUCCUUUUUCCUUUCACAAUAUUGCAAUUCUCUCAUACAUCUUUUUUGUUCCUCCGGAUAUUUUUUUUUCUGGUUUCCUCUCCUUCAUUAAUAUCUAUUCUUUUUUUUUCCUCUGGAAUAAAUAAUUUCCGUCUCUCUCUCUCUCUCUCUCUCUCUCUCUCUGUGAGUCCGUGUCUCUCUCUCUCUCUCUGUGAGUCCGUGUCUCUCUCUCUCUCUCUCUCUGUGAGUCCGUGUCUCUCCUUCUCUCUCUCUGUGAGUCCGUGUCUCUCCUUCUCUCUCUCUCUCUGUGAGUCCGUGUCUCUCCUUCUCUCUCUCUCUCUCUUCCGUGUCUCUCCUUCUCUCUCUCUCUCUGUGAGUCCGUGUCUCUCCUUCUCUCUCUCUCUCUGUGAGUCCGUGUCUCUCCUUCUCUCUCUCUCUCUCUGUGAGUCCGUGUCUCUCCUCUCUCUCUCUCUGUGUCUCUCCCUCUCUCUCUGUCUCUCUCUCUCUCUCUCUCUGUGGUCCGUGUCUCUCUCUUCCGUGUCUCUCCCUCUCUCUCUGUCUCUCUCUCUCUCUGUGGGUCCGUGUCUCUCCUCUCUCUCUCUCCCUCUCUCUGAGUCCGUGUCUCUCCUCUCUCUCUCUGUCUCUCCCUCUCUCUCCUGUGUCUCUCUCUCCCUCUCUCUCUCUGAGUCCGUGUCUCCCUCUCUCUGUGAGUCCGUUCUCUCCCUCUCUCUCUGUGAGUCCGUGUCUCUCCCUCUCUCUCUCUCUGUCCGUGUCUCUCCCUCUCUCUCCUGGGUCUCUCUCUCUCUCUCUGUGAGUCCGUGUCUCUCCCUCUCUCUCUGUGAGUCCGUGUCUCUCCCUCUCUCUCUUCUCUCCCUCUCUCUCUCUCUGAGUCCGUGUCUCUCCUUCUCUCUCUGUCUCUCCUCUCUCUCUGUGAGUCCCGUGUCUCUCCUUCUCUCUCUCUCUCUUCCGUGUCUCUCUCUCUCUCUCUCUCUCUCUGUCCCGUGUCUCUCCUUCUCUCUCUCUCUCUUCCGUGUCUCUCUCUCUCUCUCUCUCUCUCCAGGUCUCUCUCUCUCUCUCUGUGAGUCCGUGUCUCUCUCUCUCUCUGUGAGUCCGUGUCUCUCCUCUCUCUCUCUCUCUCUGAGUCCGUGUCUCUCCUCUCUCUCUCUGUCCAUGUCUCCUUCUCUCUGUGAGUCUCUCUCUCCUCUCUCUCUCUCUCCUUCUCUCUGUGAGUCCGUGUCUCUCCUUCUCUCUCUCUCUCCCUCUCUGUCUGUGAGGUCCGUGUCUCUCCCUUCUCUCUCUCUCUCUCUCUCUGUGGUCCGUGUCUCUCCUUCUCUCUCUCUCUCUCUCUCUCUGAUCCGUGUCUCUCCUCUCUCUCUCUCUCUGUCUCUCCUCUCUCCGUGUCUCUCCUUCUCUCUCUCUCUCUCUGUGAGUCCGUGUCUCUCCUCUUCUCUCUCUCUCUCUCUCUCUCUGGCCAGUCGUCCGUCUCUCUCUGUGAGUUCUCUCUCUCUCUCUCUCUCUGUGAGUCCGUGUCUCUCCUUCUCUCUCUCUCUCUCUGUGUCUCUCCCUCUGUCUCUCUCCUUCUCUCUCUCUCUCUCUGUGGUCGUGUCUCUCUCUCUCUCUCUCUCUCUCUCUUCCGUGUCUCUCCCCUCUCUCUCUCUCUCUGUGGUCCGUGUCUCUCCUUCUCUCUCUCUCUCUGUGUCUCCUUCUCUCUGUGUCUCUCCUUCUCUCUCUCUCUCUGUGAGUCCGUGUCUCUCCUUCUCUCUCUCUCUCUCUGUCUCUCUCUCUGAGUCCGUGUCUCUCUCCUUCUCUCUCUCUCUCUCUGUGAGUCCGUGUCUCUCCUUCUCUCUCUCUCUCUCUGAGUCCGUGUCUCUCCUUCUCUCUCUCUCUGUGAUCCGUGUCUCUCCUUCUCUCUCUCUCUCUCUCUGUCUCUCCUUCUCUCUCUCUCUCUCCCAUUCUCUCCUUCUCUCUCUCUCUCUCUCUGUGAGUCCGUGUCUCUCCUUCUCUCUCUCUCUCUCUGAGUCCGUGUCUCUCUCUCCUUCUCUCUCUCUCUCUCUCUGUGAGUCCGUGUCUCUCCUUCUCUCUCUCUCUCUCUGUGAGUCCGUGUCUCUCCUUCUCUCUCUCUCUCUCUCUCUCCUUGUCUCCUUCUCUCUCUCUCUCUCUCUCUCUCUCUCUCUCUCUCUCUGUGAUCCCGUGUCUCUCCUUCUCUCUCUCUCUCUCUGUGAGUCCGUGUCUCUCCUUCUCUCUCUCUCUCUCUGUGAGUCCGUGUCUCUCCUUCUCUCUCUCUCUCUGUGUCUCCGUCCUCUCUCUCUCUCUCUCUCUCUCUCUCUCUGUGAGUCCGUGUCUCUCCUUCUCUCUCUCUCUCUCUCUCUCUCUCUCUCUGUGAGUCCGUGUCUCUCCUUCUCUCUCUCUCUCUCUCUCUCUCUCUCUGUGAGUCCCUCUCUACAGUCAUUUUAG